AAAAGGAAGGAGUACUAAAGGGGCGUGGCUUCACCUGGCCACGCCUCCUCCGUGCGCUGAUUGGCGACGAGGGUGAUAGGCGGGGAUAAGGGCGUGGCUUGCCCUAAUCCCCGCCCUCUGAUUGGUUGCGGCGCACCCUUGGGGCGCCGCCAUGCGGGACGAAGAGGAGACGCCGCCGCCUCCGCUGCUGAGCCGCGCCGAGGCCUUGGCCCUACCGAGCGGCCGCGGGGACCGGAACCGCCCCGGGAAACGGAGCGAGGCCGCGGGGCCGCGCUGGCGGCACGCCUGCCACAUCCUCCUCUACGCCCCGCUGCCAGCCGGCGGUCCGGAGCCUCGUUUCGCCAUUCUGAUGCAGCUCCGUUUCGACGGGCUGUUCGGUUUCCCGGGGGGGUUGGUGGAUCUCGGCAAGGAAUCGCUGGAAGAAGGAUUGCUGCGGGAGCUGCGGGAGGAGCUGGGCCCGGCGGCGGGGGAGAUACGGCUGCGGCCAUGGCACCACCGCGGAGCAAGGGCCUGGCCCGGAAGCGGAAGGAGGAAGAAGAGCGGAAGCGGAAGUGACGUAGGGCUGGUGGCGCAUUUCUACAUCCGGCGGCUGCGGCUGGAAGACACCAAUUCAUCGGAGACGCCCGCACGCAGCUCCUGGGGGCCCUUCCUGGGCUUGGGGACCCCCGUGAUGGUGACCAGAGCCCCCCCGGAUCCAACGGGAAAGGGGAAGAAACAUGAAAAGCUCCAAAAGGAUUAA